AUGUACAUCGCGAACCGAACAGUCGUUGGAAAUAUGCCACCAAGAGAGAGAUCGGGAAGGAUAAUUGAUCUAAUCAAAUUCGUCGAAAAUGAUCCACUAUAUAUUCAGACUUAUUUCCCUUGUUCUUUCACAGAAGUUUCAGGCAAAUUAUCGAUAUCUAAGAAGAUUUGUGCCGAUUACAUGAAAUAUGAUCCGUACAUGAAAGAAUUAGAGAAGAGAAAAUGGAUACAAUGGGAUAUGAGAUUGGAUAAAUGGAAUAUUGAGAAAUGGAUUCAAGGGAAAGAUCCAGUUUAUGAUAAAUUGACUGCGUUGAAACGGCUUUGCUUGGAUGAAACAUUGAAAGAUCAAUAUGGAAUUCAAGACGAAUGGAAAUCAUUCAAUGAGAUAAAAGAUAAAAUCAAAAGAGCCGAAAUCAAACAGAAGAUACCAUAUUACUUUGAUUUAAAACGACUUUGCUCUCUACCAGAAGAACGAACCCUUUUACCCAAACCUCUUAUUUAUCCUGAUACCCUCAUCAGUAGUAAAAGGAGAAUCUCCACUGGUAAACGUCUAGAACGAAAACGAAAGCGAAGUAGAAUUGGCGAUACACCGCUUUCAUCGGAUCACGGAACCACCGAUCACGAGAAUGAGAGACAGUGCGCUGUUGCGCAUAAACGUGUAAAAGGCCAAAGAGUCCUUUCACCUGCACUUCCAUGUUCAGAUGACGAGAUGGAAAAUGAUAUUCAAUAUAUUGGAACAGUGUCUCAGACAUCAAAGAUAGCUCCGAAUUCAUCAAGCACGUCUCGCACUCCCGCUCCUAAUCCUCGAUCGGCGGAAGCUUGGUACAUGGCGCAGGACGUCAGAAAUAGAAGCAAAAGCGGAAUUGCUCCUCGACGAAUGACUGAAGUUGGCAGCGAUUCAACAUCUACUUCUGGAUCUGAUGCAAGCUCGACUUCAGUGAUGGACGAAGGUUCGCCAUCGUCUAAACAGAUCACAAUCCAGUCAGCCAGGAUGAAGAUUAACGAUACUGCUCAAUCACAUUCCGAAGCAAACCGUGUACAGACUUGCUUUCAAAGUACUUCGCCUAAAAAACAUUCACAGCCUAGUAACAGAAGUCUUGGACCCGAACGAAAAUCCGGCAAUCCCAAUCUAGAAAUACAAAAUCAGUCACAUCCUAUACUUGGUCGAACCACUAUGGGUCCUGGCCCAGAACAGAAACCGACAGAUCCAGUUGCUCGAGCGUGGACUAAGAUCAAAGGUGAAAAUGUACUCGAUCCAGUAUUUCUGGAAUCAACGACGACCUACUCGCUUUACUCUUAUUCCAGCAAUUCCCGUAUGGAGUUUUCGAAAUAUCGACCUGAUGUACUAAAGUGGUCAAAACUUCAUCCCGAAUGCGAGACACAUCUUCAUUCUCGAGCACGGUUGGAAAUGGCCGUAGAGGCGUUUCGCCGAAGAGUCGAUGCCAAUCCAUUGUCCCAUGAAUUGUUGAAGAUGUACAGGAUUUUUGUACCUCCAGGUUAUCUCGAUGAUGCUGUGGCUAGAGCUUUCGUCGCUAGUUUGAAACAAGCUGGAGCGUGA